AUGUUCAACUCUCAUUUGCUCGGUCUUGCCUUUGUGCAUAUCUUGCCUGCGCUUGCCGAUGUUACGCGUGGGCAGGACAGCUGUGCCUGUGGUUUCUACGACAGUCAAACCCAAGAGCUCUUCACCGACUCCAUCAUCGUCUACUUCAACGAGACCAACCAAUUACCAGGCGAAUUCAUUGCUGAAGACUUUGCUCAGAACUAUGCCAAAGACUGGAAUGCCAUCUACCGCGAAGGUGCCUCUCCCGAAAACCUAAGAUUCAACAAUAGCGAUUCGCUUCAGCUUGUUGUGCAACCAACCACCAACGACCAUCUUGUUCGAGGUGCUAGUCUUCGGACUAAGCGACAAGACAUCCAACAUGGUUCUUUUCGCACUCUCAUCAAGUCUGCGGACAUGGAAUCCGCCGGUACUGCGGCUUCAAUGAUGUGGAAGUACAACGAGACUGAGAUCACUGAGCUUAGUGUCAUGAACAUGAACAACCAAAGGGAUCCAUGGGUGGGAACCUUUGUCAACAACGAAUUCACCACACGCAACCUUGGAAUGAACUACAGCCAGCUCCUCAAUGGUACGGCCGCCAACCGCAACUACACUACGCUCGGCGGUGGUCUUAGCAAUGGAAGCAUCAACCCUUGGGACUUCACCGAGUAUCGAAUCGAUUGGACCGCAGACUACAUCAACUUCUACAUUGGCGGCAACCUCACGAGGCAAGUUCAACACACCAACAACAAGGGCAUGCCGUCGGUUCCUUCAGCCCUUUUCUUUAAACACUGGUCAACGGGUAACCGCUACUCGAUGCGUGGUCCUCCCCAGCAAAGAGAGUCUAUCGCUGAAGUUGGCUGGAUACGCAUGUUCUUCAACUCGUCUUCGAUGAACGAAGAUGCUCGCGAAGACUUUGUCGCCAGGUGCCCGUUGAACAAUGCAUGCUCAAUGGAUGAUAUCGAACUCCGUGGCUCAACUCCUUACGGUGACGACGCGACCGAGAAGUGGGAGCAGCACAAGGGCAAAGACAUCAAGCGUAUGCCAGCGCUCUGGCUCUCCGUGUCAUGUCUCAUCUUCUCGACCAUCCUCGUCAUCCACGCCCUCAUCCGACGUCUCGCUCCCAAGGUCAACAAUGACAUCAAGAAACCUGACGUGGCUUCGACAACCGAAUCGAAAGCCUCCGAGGAGCAAAAGAGGAACCCUUUCAGUGACAGUACUUUUACAGUAGCUUCUCACGAAAUCUUCUCCAGUGGCGGUGGUGAGCAGAAAACCCCAUCUGCCUCUGAAAAGCGCGAUUCAGAUGACGACAUGGCCAUUGAAAGGCUUCCCGGCACCUCUACUCUCGGAGGCUCUACGCCUAAGGAUGGCCUAUCCAGACCGAGCUCGAUUCUCUUUGACAGCCGUGGUCCGACUCCAUUCAACAGCAACUUCAACACCACGCGCGAGGAUCUCUACGCACCUAUGCCACCAAUGCCCGGAACAGCAGUCUCAAUGGGACGUGACUCCAUGCAGACUAUGGUAGACCCUCGAUCCACUCUGGUGACUCCAGGCACUCCAGGCACCGCAGUAUCGAGAGGACACGAAUCUAUGAUGACACUCAUGGACCCCCACGCCACGAUGAACAACUCUGUCCCUAUGAUUGCUCCACAUGACAAGAUCGCAAUGGAGACUGUUACUGAAUCUGCUCUUCCGGCUCCUCGUAUGCGCCCUCAGCCUCUGCCUCAGCGACAACGUAUCGACCAUCUUGCUGGUCUGACAGCCCUCUGCUCUCUCGUGGUCACCUUGAUGCAUUUUGGUCUUACUUUCGUCCCUGCCAUCGUCACACCGGGUGCACCCGCACACAACGCAUCUGAACCAUGGGCACAGAGAAUCAUCGGUCCAUUCCUGCUCAACCAAAUGUGGCUCGGUGUUUUCUUCACAACCUCGGUCCGUUUCCUUACCGCGCCUUACUUGCGCAAGGGCAAGAUGGACGAGAUUGCAAAGGCAGCUGUGCGUCGUACACCCCGUCUCAUGAUCCCCGUCGCCGCCAUGGCCCUACUGGAGUACUUCUUCAUCGACGUUGGUGCUACCAAGUUCCUGCAAUACAUCCCUUCCCUAACCUGGUCGACGUGGCCUUAUGUGAGCCGCUACCAGAACUUUGGGCAAUAUGUCUCUGAAGUUCUCGAACUCAUGUUCCUCGUUCCCAACGCUGUCCCACAGAUCACAUUGCACUACUGCACCGGUGUGCUCUGGACUAUCGCCGUACAACUCCAGGGUUCCUGGCUUGUCCUUCUCGGCGCUGUCGUCGUAUACGAGAUCAAGACUCCCUGGAAGCGCAUGUGCUACUAUGCUUUCUGCCUCGUCAACCACUGGUACGCGCAUUCUUGGGGUACAUACCUCUGGCUCGGUCUGCUCCUCACCGACCUCGAUGUGACCUACAAGUGGAAGGCGUUCCUGAACAAGCGACCUUCAGCCUACUAUGCCACCGUCACCUUCUUCUGGCUCUGCGUCGGUGCUGGUUUUGCUGUCAACGUCAUUCCUAACUGGGUCGACACGGACUUCAACUUCUCGACUGCAGAGCGUGGCAUCCACCCCGACCCUGUGUCCGGCGAACCCAUCCAGAACACCGACUCGGCAGGUUACCCUCCAUACUACACACCCCGUCUCAACGGUCUGCUCUUCGCUGGUGGUAUGCAAGCUAUUGUCGAGCUCUCCGCUGCCGUCCAAUGGGUCCUCUCUACACCUCCCUUCUUGAUCCUCUUCCCUCACGUCUUCACCAUCUACCUGCUUCACGGUCUUGUCUUCUGGACGUACGGAUCUUGGCUCAUGGUCAUGCUUGCCAGUCGCGGCUUCAGCUACGGCAUCAACGUUACCAUUGUUGGAAUAACAUCCUACGGUGUACUCUUCGCUUGUCUACCUAUCGUCACUCCCAUCAUCGAGGCGCUGGGUAAGGAUAUGACAGCAUUGGUAUGGAUGACAGCCACGAAGAAGUCGCCACCCAGGCGCCGCACACUCUUCCCCUUCCCCGAUGACCUAUUCACUGGCCGUGCCGUCAACGCCACAGAGGACAAGAAGGAUGGUGGCGAUGAGGAAAAGGGCAUGGGUAACCGCGCUUCCGAUGCCAGCACCCUCAAUGGAAGCAACACUACCAGCCAACGGAACAGCAACGACAAGGGCAAGGGUGCCCAGUCGACUGUCAUGGAGUACAAGUUGAAGGCGUUUUCUACAGAGGAGGACAGGAAAGAAACGCAUCCAUCGUCACGCAUCAGUCACUUUUCCACUGAUUGA